AUGCCUUAUACGCCCCCCUCGCACUCAUCACCUGCUUCCUCAGUCUCGACGUCGCCCGAUGCGAGCCGUCGCUCCUCCAUCCAGUUCGGCUCUCGGCCCUCGCUCCCUCGCUCCUCGUCCUACCUCAACAAGCAUCGCCGCACCCCGUCCAUCAGCGCCACCGACGAUUCGCCACUGGGCUCAUCCGAUGUCGCCCAGACCCUCAGGAAUACGGUCGCUAACCUCGGGGGCAGCGGCGCCAUCGUCUCCCCACCCGAGUCCGCAUCCUCUGGCAGCGAUGAGGACGAGCCCCCCGGGGUUCGAGGGAGGCAGCUCGAGUCCCUCAAGGAUUUAAGGGACGCCGUCAGCCAGAUUCCUCAGACCAGAACGCCCUCGCCGCCACCUACCGCACCCGCCGAGGGCGGCCGCAAGCUCAGCCAUGUCCGCUCCGCCACUGAGCCCAACGCUCCCAUGCUCAAGUCGACCGACUCUUCCUUGACCGUAUCCGACGAGGAUACCGACGAGGACCUCCGGAACAAGCCCCCCAUGGUGCGCAAAAACAUGCCCGGCACCCCCGUCUUCUCAAAGGCCGUCCACUUCGACUCCCACUUGGAGCACGUCCGCCACUUCCUUCAAGUCGACCGUCCCCUAGCCGUCAGCGCUGGGUCGUCGCCCGUCGAGAGCUACGAGAGCGACGGCGAGUAUCCCUUUCCCAGCGAUGCCAAGUCUGCCCCGCGGUCGCCGCCUUACGAGUGGGAGCUUGUCACGGCCAACUUUCCCCACAACACUCAGAAAUCGAUGCUGGGCUCCAUCGCCGUGGCCAACCUGGCCUUUCAGAAGCAAGUCAGCUGUCGCUUCACCCUCGACUACUGGAAGACCGUGUCCGAGGUCAGUGCCGAGUACGGCCACGAGAUUCGCCCCCGCCAGGGCACCCUGGCCCACGACCGCUUCACCUUUGUCAUCAAGCUCUCCGACAUGGCCAACCUCGAGUCCAAGACGCUCUUCUUCUGCAUCCGCUACGCCGUCGACGGCCAGGAGUUUUGGGACAACAACAGCUCGACCAAUUUCCAGGUCGACUUCCGCAAAAAGCACCUCCCACAGAACGGUAAGAACAACUUCACAGGUGCCGCCUCGCGCCCCCUCAACGGACUGCCCCGUAGCAACCGCAGGCCCAUGGCCGCCAGCGCCCUGCGCCCCGUCUCCAUGCCCAUGUGCCUCGACGCCUUUGGCAAGGAGCCCAACAAAAUCACCUUUGAUCAGCCCAUCCACGAGUAUCUCGGCGAGUCGGGUCCCACCGGCCUUCGCCUCAAGACCAAGUCCUCGCCGCACCUCGCCAGCGACAACAUCGCCCGGAACCUCAGCUCGCCCAGCGGCGUCGCCUUCUCCAACCGCUACGACUUUGGCGCCUCGCUCAGCGCCGCCAUGGAGGCCGCCAAGGACUCGGCGGGCAGGGACAAGGAUGCUCUUUAUAUGAAGAGAAAUGUCCGCGGCCUCGAGCCGACGACGCUGGCCGCCCUCAGCACCGACUCCCCGGUUUUGGGCACGAGCGCCAGCGACUCUCCCAACGGCGCCCAGUCGCCCAAUUCGAGCCUCCCGAGCGUGUCGUACGAGGAACUCGUCAACAAGUAUUGCUUUUUUGGCUCAAAGCAAGCGAGUCCCACGAUGAACGACGGGACUCUCAGGGGCGGAGCUUUUGAUGGAGCCAAGGGUGGGCUCGAGGCCAGCAACGUGGCGGCGUCUCGUCUCAAAGACGGCCCUCGCGCCAGCACUGCGCUACAUCAUUCUAUCCGCCUCCCCGACUCGAGCUCCUACUUCCCGUCGCUCAUGACGACGGGUUCUGCGGCAUCGACGCCGCCCACACUGGCCGGCGACACCCGAAUUCCGUUCGCGAUGCCCGUGUCGAUGGCGCCGACGAGGCCGACUGCCCCGGUUCUGGCAUCGGGCGGUGGCACGCCACCCGGCGACGUGUCGUACCACAGCCAGCAGCAGGUGCUCUCGGAACUAUUGCCCUGGAUGGCGGAGACGCAAUCGGCCACGGCCAUUCUCGGCUAG